AAUCAGCCUGCAGAAGAGACUGAAAUGAGGCACCUCUUGUCACAGUCAAGGCAGAAGCGGAAACGGAGGCCGAGACUGCGCAGGCGCAGAGGAGGCUAGCGUUCCCUUGCUGCCUCACCCCGCGGCCUCUAGCAGACAGGGACCACGGGGAGAGCACAGCCACCCGGCGCGAAGAGCCCUCUGUGCCCCGCUUCCUCUUGAGGCCCUCGGAUCGUCCAGGAAAUGUCUGGGAGCCCGCCUGCGGAGGGCAUAGCGCCGACCCUCGCUCCCCGCCCAGGACUCGAAUGAACCUGGAGAGCGGAUGCCAGCCGCGACCGAGGCGCUAGGACAGGAAGGGCCGCCAGACCUCUCAGGAUCAGCCUUCCUCGCCACCGUUCUCACCUCUUUGUCCGCUGCCUUCUCCUCAAUGCCUAGCAGCGCGUACAGGUCCAUCUGUAAGAGCUCCUUGGUCACUGCCAUGGUUCCGGCCUGACGGAUUCGUACUACAACUCCCAAGAGUCUAAGUGCGCGUGAGGACUGCCGGCUCCGAGCGGCGCCUAGCCCUCUGGGAAUUGUGUUCUGGGUCAGGCUUGACUGACUCUGAGGGAGGCCGGCAGUCGUGAAUUAACUACGACUCCCAGCAGCCCCCAUUGCCGCCGCUGCAGUACGCUGGCUGCAGGAGAGGGUCCGGAUUCCCUGCUACAGGUCGCGGCGGGACGGUGCCAGUGGGCGUGUGGGGUGGGGUGGGGUGGGGUGGGGUGGGGCGGGGCAGGGAAGGAAAGGGCGGAGCUGGGGUGAGGGUCCAAGGGGCCCAGGACUUGGCCGGCGUGAUCUCAGCUCUGCAGACCCUGCGGUGCUGGGAGCCACCAUGGAGAGUAGGUGCUACGGCUGCGCUGUCAAGUUCACCCUCUUCAAGAAGGAGUACGGCUGUAAGAAUUGUGGCAGGGCCUUCUGUUCAGGCUGCCUAAGCUUCAGUGCAGCAGUGCCUCGGACUGGGAACACCCAACAGAAAGUCUGCAAGCAAUGCCACGAGGUCCUGACCAGAGGGUCUUCUGCCAAUGCCUCCAAGUGGUCACCACCUCAGAACUAUAAGAAGCGUGUGGCAGCCUUAGAAGCCAAGCAGAAGCCCAGCACUUCCCAGAGCCAGGGACUGACCCGACAAGACCAGAUGAUUGCUGAGCGCCUAGCACGACUCCGCCAGGAGAACAAGCCCAAGGUAGUCCCCUCACAGGCAGAGAUAGAGGCACGGCUGGCUGCGCUAAAGGAUGAACGUCAGGGUUCCAUCCCUUCCACCCAGGAAAUGGAGGCACGACUUGCGGCGUUACAGGGCAGAGUUCUACCUUCUCAAACCCCCCAGCCGGCACAUCACACACCAGACACCAGGACCCAAGCCCAGCAGACACAGGAUCUGCUAACGCAGCUGGCAGCUGAGGUGGCUAUCGAUGAAAGCUGGAAAGGAGGAGGUCCAGCUGCCUCUCUCCAGAAUGACCUCAACCAGGGUGGCCCAGGGAGCACUAAUUCCAAGAGGCAGGCCAGCUGGUCCUUGGAGGAGGAGAAGAGCAGACUGCUGGCUGAGGCAGCACUUGAGUUGCGGGAGGAGAACACGAGGCAGGAACGGAUUCUGGCCCUGGCCAAGCGACUUGCUGUGCUGCGGGGACAGGACCCCGAGAGAGUGACCCUCCAGGACUAUCACCUCCCAGACAGUGAUGACGACGAGGAUGAGGAGACAGCCAUCCAGAGAGUCCUGCAGCAGCUCACUGAAGAAGCUGCCCUGGAUGAGGCAAGUGGCUUUAACAUCCCUGCGGAGCAGGCUUCUCGACCCUGGACCCAACCCCGCAGGGCAGAGCCCGAGGCCCAGGAUGUGGACCCCAGGCCUGAGGCUGAGGAAGAAGAGCUCCCCUGGUGCUGCAUCUGCAAUGAGGAUGCCACCCUACGCUGCGCUGGCUGUGAUGGGGACCUCUUCUGUGCCCGCUGCUUCCGAGAGGGCCAUGAUGCCUUUGAGCUUAAAGAGCACCAGACAUCUGCCUACUCUCCUCCGCGUGCAGGCCAAGAGCACUGAAGACACCCUGGUCCUCCCGGAAGGGCAGUCCCACAGGCAGCGGCACCCAUUUCUGGGCCCAGCCACAGGAUGUCCAAUGGGAGAGCUUGUCUGGCUCUACUGAUGAUGGAUAGGCCCCUUCCUGAGCCUUGGUGUCCCUGGAAUGAGGAAAGAUUCUCCAUUCGAGAGGAUGAUUGGGAGGGAAGAAGUCGGGGCCCUCCUAUUAGAAGCCCAGACUGGAAGUGAGAGGCAUGAUGGGGAGAGACCAGACUGAAUCUACGGGUAAGCUCUGUAACCUGGCUCUAGGGCACAGGGCCCUCCCCUGGCACUUAGUGGAUCUAAUAAAGUAUGUUGAUUCAUUGGG